AGUGGGGGAGUAUGGUCAAUUUGGUGAGUUGCACAAAACUGUACGAUACCUUUUUUUCGAUAUAUCCUAAAAGAUAGAUGAAUACAGAUCUAGAUCUAGAAUUAAAUGUUUUAACAAAUUAAAAAAUGAGACAUAUAAUCACGUGAUGUCGAGUAUUUUGGCGACAAUAGUUACAACUGUAAUUGCAAUUGAUUCAAAACAGAAGAAGAAGAACAAAAGAUCAAUUCUAUUUUGGGGGCUAAUUUUCACGAUUAGGUUUUGUCAGCUUGCGCCCAGACGUACGUACGUCACGUGUACGGACGUGUUUCAGACCUAGAUUCUACUUAGUUUACUUCAUUUUGUCAGCGAUCAUCUGCAGAAGGGGAGCUCUGUGGUUCGCUGGCUUCAGAUGUGAACGCAACCAGGCCACCAAACUCUUCAACUUCUCAGGCAAUGUGAACACUCCCUGUACCGUGGAGGAGUCCAAGUCUACUCCCCUCAAGUUCUUCAUUGAGAAGCACGCUGGUGGUGUAGAGGGGGGUUGGAAUGACCUCUUAACUGUCAACCCAGGGGGUUCAUCUACUUCUAUGAUCCCUAAAGAAUCAUCUGCAGAAGGGGAGCUCUGUGGUUCGCUGGCUUCAGAUGUGAACGCAACCAGGCCACCAAACUCUUCAACAACUCAGGCAAUGUGAACACUCCCUGUACCGUGGAGGAGUCCAAGUCUACUCCCCUCAAGUUCUUCAUUGAGAAGCACGCUGGUGGUGUAGAGGGGGGUUGGAAUGACCUCUUAACUGUCAACCCAGGGGGUUCAUCUACUUCUAUGAUCCCUAAAGAAUCAUCUGCAGAAGGGGAGCUCUGUGGUUUCGCUGGCUUCAGAUGUGAACGCAACCAGACCACCAAACUCUUCAACUUCUCAGGCAAUGUAAACACUCCCUGUACCGUGGAGGAGUCCAAGUCUACUCCCCUCAAGUUCUUCAUUGAGAAGCACGCUGGUGGUGUAGAGGGGGGUUGGAAUGACCUCUUAACUGUCAACCCAGGGGGUUCAUCUACUUCUAUGAUCCCUAAAGAAUCAUCUGCAGAAGAGGAGCUCUGUGGUUUCGCUGGCUUCAGAUGUGAACGCAACCAGGCCACCAAACUCUUCAACAUCUCAGGCAAUGUGAACACUCCCUGUACCGUGGAGGAGUCCAAGUCUACUCCCCUCAACUUCUUCAUUGAGAAGCACGCUGGUGGUGUAGAGGGGGGUUGGAAUGAUUUCUUAACUGUCAACCCAGGGGGUUCAUCUACUUCUAUGAUCCCUAAAGAGUUCCUCAUUUUACAUCUUUGGUAGAUGGAUGGCUCUUUGCACUUUGACCAAUGAGCUUAUCUGUAUUUCAUCCAUCAAGCACCGGUGAUUUGAUAUUAUCUCCAGCAAUGGACAUGAUUGGAAUAAAACAACCUUACACAACUGAUAA